AUGGCAGGACCGUUCUCUCACGAGGGGAAAAUGAACAACUUACUCAAGUCUGCGACUGUGGCGUUUGACCGAGUGAAGGAGGCCCUCAAGAAAAAGGCAAACCGCAAAGAUUUGGCCAAGCAAUCCUCAACAUCCCGGAUGCACGAGUUUCAGGUCCUCUGCCACACCCUUUUGCGAAUGGUUGAAGAUCGUGUAUCAGGGAUCGGUCUCACAACGGCACCUUCGUUUCCGGACGUUCGAGAUAUUUCUCGGCUCAAUGGCGCAGAGAUAGCUGUUUUGGUCGGUGAGCUGGCGGAGGUCGGUUGGGCGGCGCUGAAGCGGAUGGAUGGGCUGCUGAAGACCAAGACGCACUCAAAGGCUUUCAGUGGGAAAUCAGACGAGCUGUCGAUGAUACUGUUUAAGGAGCGUCUCUUCGAGCUUGUGGGGAUGCUGGAGGAUGCGAAUCUGGUGGCUGCGAGGACGCAGAUACGAUAG